GACCGAUCGAUCGCCACAGCCAACACCACCCGCCGAGGCGACGCGACAGCCGCCAGGAGGAAGGAAUAAACUCACUGCCAGCCAGUGAAGGGGGAGAAGUGUACUGCUCCGUCCACCAGUGCGCGCACCGCCCGGCAGGGCUGCUCAUCUCGUCGACGACCAGUGGAUUAAUCGGCAUGGCGGCUCUAGCCACGUCGCAGCUCGUCGCAACGCGCGCCGGCCUGGGCGUCCCGGACGCGUCCACGUUCCGCCGCGGCGCCGCGCAGGGCCUGAGGGGGGGCCGGACGGCGUCGGCGGCGGACACGCUCAGCAUGCGGACCAGCGCGCGCGCGGCGCCCAGGCUCCAGCACCAGCAGCAGCAGCAGGCGCGCCGCGGGGCCAGGUUCCCGUCGCUCGUCGUGUGCGCCAGCGCCGGCAUGAACGUCGUCUUCGUCGGCGCCGAGAUGGCGCCGUGGAGCAAGACCGGCGGCCUCGGCGACGUCCUCGGCGGCCUGCCGCCGGCCAUGGCCGCGAAUGGGCACCGUGUCAUGGUCGUCUCUCCCCGCUACGACCAGUACAAGGACGCCUGGGACACCAGCGUCGUGUCCGAGAUCAAGAUGGGAGACAGGUACGAGACGGUCAGGUUCUUCCACUGCUACAAGCGCGGAGUGGACCGCGUGUUCGUUGACCACCCACUGUUCCUGGAGAGGGUUUGGGGAAAGACCGAGGAGAAGAUCUACGGGCCUGACGCUGGAACGGACUACAGGGACAACCAGCUGCGGUUCAGCCUGCUAUGCCAGGCAGCACUUGAAGCUCCAAGGAUCCUGAGCCUCAACAACAACCCAUACUUCUCCGGACCAUACGGGGAGGACGUCGUGUUCGUCUGCAACGACUGGCACACCGGCCCUCUCUCGUGCUACCUCAAGAGCAACUACCAGUCCCACGGCAUCUACAGGGACGCAAAGACCGCUUUCUGCAUCCACAACAUCUCCUACCAGGGCCGGUUCGCCUUCUCCGACUACCCGGAGCUGAACCUCCCGGAGAGAUUCAAGUCGUCCUUCGAUUUCAUCGACGGCUACGAGAAGCCCGUGGAAGGCCGGAAGAUCAACUGGAUGAAGGCCGGGAUCCUCGAGGCCGACAGGGUCCUCACCGUCAGCCCCUACUACGCCGAGGAGCUCAUCUCCGGCAUCGCCAGGGGCUGCGAGCUCGACAACAUCAUGCGCCUCACCGGCAUCACCGGCAUCGUCAACGGCAUGGACGUCAGCGAGUGGGACCCCAGCAGGGACAAGUACAUCGCCGUGAAGUACGACGUGUCGACGGCCGUGGAGGCCAAGGCGCUGAACAAGGAGGCGCUGCAGGCGGAGGUCGGGCUCCCGGUGGACCGGAACAUCCCGCUGGUGGCGUUCAUCGGCAGGCUGGAAGAGCAGAAGGGACCCGACGUCAUGGCGGCCGCCAUCCCGCAGCUCAUGGAGAUGGUGGAGGACGUGCAGAUCGUUCUGCUGGGCACGGGCAAGAAGAAGUUCGAGCGCAUGCUCAUGAGCGCCGAGGAGAAGUUCCCAGGCAAGGUGCGCGCCGUGGUCAAGUUCAACGCGGCGCUGGCGCACCACAUCAUGGCCGGCGCCGACGUGCUCGCCGUCACCAGCCGCUUCGAGCCCUGCGGCCUCAUCCAGCUGCAGGGGAUGCGAUACGGAACGCCCUGCGCCUGCGCGUCCACCGGUGGACUCGUCGACACCAUCAUCGAAGGCAAGACCGGGUUCCACAUGGGCCGCCUCAGCGUCGACUGCAACGUCGUGGAGCCGGCGGACGUCAAGAAGGUGGCCACCACCUUGCAGCGCGCCAUCAAGGUGGUCGGCACGCCGGCGUACGAGGAGAUGGUGAGGAACUGCAUGAUCCAGGAUCUCUCCUGGAAGGGCCCUGCCAAGAACUGGGAGAACGUGCUGCUCAGCCUCGGGGUCGCCGGCGGCGAGCCAGGGGUCGAAGGCGAGGAGAUCGCGCCGCUCGCCAAGGAGAACGUGGCCGCGCCCUGAAGAGUUCGGCCUGCAGGCCCCCUGAUCUCGCGCGUGGUGCAAACAUGUUGGGACAUCUUCUUAUAUAUGCUGUUUCGUUUAUGUGAUAUGGACAAGUAUGUGUAGCUGCUUGCUUGUGCUAGUGUAAUAUAGUGUAGUGGUGGCCAGUGGCACAACCUAAUAAGCGCAUGAACUAAUUGCUUGCGUGUGUAGUUAAGUACCGAUCGGUAAUUUUAUAUUGCGAGUAAAUAAAUGGACCUGUAGUGGUGGAGUAAAUAA